AUGGAAACUCCUAAACAGGCUAGCUGGGUGGUAAGGAAAAUAUUUGAAGCCAGAAAAUGGUUAACCACUGGAAUACAAGAGUUGGAACUAUAUGUUGUACAGGGGAAGUAUACCAUCAGCACAGCUUAUCGUUCCUUCAUACCACAAUAUCCAAAAGUUAAUUGGAAGACAUUGUACUUGACACAAGGUAUGAUCCCUAGGCAUCAAUUCAUUCUGUGGAUGGCACUGCAUCGGAGACUAGCAACUGUGGAUAGGCUGAUCAAAUGGGGAAUACCAGUACCUGCAGAAUGUGCUCUGUGUAUGACAGAUGAAGAGGAAACUCAUGAUCACUUGUUCUUUGAAUGCUCAUAUUCAAAGUUCAUAUGGAAGCAGAUUUUGAGGCUGUUUGGAAUUGAUCGACAAGUAGGUAGAUGGCAGGAAGAGAUUGAAUGGAUGGCUACAAAAACAAAGAGCAGGAAUACAAAAUGGAAGAUUCUUGGAAAUACCUCUGCAGCAAUAGUAUAUCACACAUGGAUGGAAAGGAACUUACGAAGGUUUCAACAGACAAGGAAAGAAAGUAGGGAUAGAGUUAGAGAAAUUGUAUUACAUUUACACAUUAAAGGAAAUAGCUACUGUAAAUGGAGAGUUGUCUUAGAUUGGAUAAAUAGAUAUCCAUGUUAG